AUGCGCUCCCCUUCCCUUCCGAGCCCCGGGCCGGGAGCACCAGCUCCUUUCCAAUCGGCUUCCCCUGCUGACAGCACCUGCACGACCUUAUCAACCCCCCGCCUUUCAGGCGGUGCCCCCUCAGCAAUCAACGCCCGCCGACUGUCCUCCUCGACAACAAGGACCUACCCCAGCGUUUACAGCUCCUCCACAAGGAAUGUCAAUCUCAAGCAACUGGUCGGGAAGUUGCUCGCCACAGGGCAGAAACUCGCCCGCCGAGCGUGGCGCUCGUACCUGGCGCUGCCGCUCUUCCCGCACCGGGUGGGCGUCACAGUCGCUUUGGGGCUGUUGGGGACACUGGCUAUCGUUAUUCUCCUCUACUCGCAUACCAUUUUCACGACCGUUCUACCGUCUGUGGCACACAAGUGGCGGGGUUCUCCACUCGGCUGGGUGACUCUGUUCCUACUAACCUCCGCGACCGCCUUCCCCCCCAUAAUAGGCUACUCGACCUGCGUGACAGCUUCAGGCUUCAUCUACGGCUUCCCCGGCGGCUGGCCUCUCGCAGCCCUUGCGACAAUCGUCGGGAGCGCGGGGAGCUUCGUGGUGAGCAGGGGCGUGGCGGCAGGGUAUGUGCAGAGGCUGGUCGGAGGCGAUGCGAGGCCUAAGCUGUUGAUACACACCUUCAUCGGCUCGCGCCUGGCGCUCCUCGCCGAGUCAGGCUCCUCCAUGACCCUCACCGACCGGCUGCUCAACUACGCGUCUAUGCUCAUCUUCGGCAUACUGGGCGCCACCGUGGGGUGGAUCAUCUACCGUCGCACUAUGCAGCGCGCAGCCGAACUUUCUGCUUCCCAAAACCAAGCAACGGAUUCCUUGUUGGGCAGACGCUCAAAUUAUGCAGAUGAUGAGGACGAUGACCCGGAGGGAGUGUUUGGCGAUGUUGAGCAAGGGGUGAUUGAUGCGAAUGGAGAGAUGACACAUCCGGAUCAGUUGGAUGUGGGGAAUAUGGGGGAGGAUGAUAUUUCGCUUUGGGAUACGGCGGGGCAGGAGGAUUGGGGGGAUGAGGAGCAAGGGGUUGGGAAGCAUGGGAGGAGGCAAGGGAGCUUGGAUUGA